GCAAAGACGCUUUCUGCUUGAAAUUUUGAUCCUCAGUUUUUUCGAAAACUACGACUAUUAAUCUGCGGAAUUCUCAAGACUUAUCGUGCAGUGCAUCCGCUAUCUCAACAGUGAUACUAAUUUUCGAACUUAAAUUUUUGAUUCCCAGCUCGAAAUCGAAGGAAAUUUGGCGAUUGGACAAUGUCCAGCGAAGCAUCCGGAAGUAUUACCAUCAAAGAAGAAGCAUCCACGAGCGGUACGGCCACCAAUAUUCCCGUAGAAGCCGGCGAAGCAGAGGCUAAGAAACCCGAGAUCGGAGCUGACAAGGCGGAAUCGCAGACCGAAGCCGAGGGCGGGAAGGCAGCGGAGACGGCGGAGACCCACUUAAAGCGACUGCAGAAUCUGCGCAAGGAAUUGGGCUACCUCAGCGAAACCGACUGGAUGUACGAGAGUCUCGACAAGAAAGCAGCGCAGUAG